CUUAAAAUUUAAUUGUUAAUUUAAUUAUUAUAAUUAUAUUUUGCACAGAAUUUUAAUUAAAAAUGUCAAAUUUUGAAACGGAACUGGCAAAUCUUGAAAGAGAAUUAGAAAAAAUUGACCCUACCGAAUUAUUAACAAAAAAUGAAGAAUUGGAUGCAAUUCAGAUUUUUGAUUCGACAGUUGAAAUAAUCGGUUAUAUUGAUGGGAUCGAAUCUCCCAGAAUUGUCGGGAACAACCAACAAUAUAAAAUUUUAAAAUUUUUCUUAAAUAAUAGCAGUGGGAGACGAAUACAAAUUGUUUCGUGGAAUGAUGACAUUGACAGAAUAAUUCCAUAUAUUAUACCAAACCAUGUAAAUAUUAAAAAAAAUAAUGUAUAACAAUUUUUUCACUUUACUUGGAAUUACUUGAAAAAUCCUACAAAAAUACCUAUACCUUAUUCUAUACUUUCUCUAUUUCUUUGUCUUUACUUUUAUAUUUUUACUUAAUAACUUUAAAUAUAAUGUAAUUUUAAAAUAACAUUAAUAAUAUUAUUAACAUUUAAUUUAAUGAUUUUAAUGGAGAUUGUUCAUCUGGAUGGUGUACAAGCCAGAAUUCCUAAAAUAGCAUCUUUUAAUAAUGGUAACGUUUCCUACGAAUUGCUAAUACGCAAAAAUACUGUGAUAUCUAAUUUGGGGAAAUAUGAACCCACUCCAAAUUCUCAGGAUAAACCAAUACCAGUCAAAUUAAAUGAAAUAUUAAAUACAACUCAACGCAUUAGUACGCUUUAAUAUACAUAAUAUUUUAAUACACAUAUAUAUAUAUGUGUGUGUGUGUGUUUUUCAAAUA